AUGUCUAACCUUCCCUCAGAGCCCGAGUUCGAGCAGGCCUACCAUGAGCUCGCCUCUACUCUGGAGAACUCCACCCUCUUCGAGAAACACCCAGAGUACCGGAAAGCUCUCAAGAUCGCCUCCAUCCCAGAGCGAAUUAUUCAGUUCCGUGUAGUCUGGGAAGACGAUAAGGGCCAGGUUCAAGUCAACCGUGGUUAUCGUGUUCAGUUCAACUCUGCCCUGGGCCCCUACAAAGGCGGUCUUAGACUUCACCCUACGGUGAACUUAUCCAUCUUGAAGUUUCUCGGCUUCGAGCAGAUCUUCAAGAAUGCGCUCACGGGUCUGAACAUGGGUGGCGGCAAAGGUGGUUCCGAUUUCGAUCCAAAGGGCAAGUCUGACAACGAGAUCCGGAGAUUCUGCUGUGCUUUCAUGAGUGAGCUUGGAAAGCAUAUCGGGGCAAACCUGGACGUUCCAGCUGGUGACAUCGGCGUGUCCGGAAGAGAGAUUGGAUUCCUCUUCGGGCAGUACAAGAAGCAAACGAAAUUGUGGGAGGGUGUCUUGACCGGCAAAGGAGGCACCUGGGGUGGCUCCCUCAUCCGACCGGAGGCUACUGGCUAUGGCCUCGUAUACUAUGUUGGACACAUGAUUGACUAUGCCACGGGCGGCAAAGAAUCCUUCGCUGGGAAGAGAGUUGCCAUUUCCGGGUCCGGAAACGUCGCUCAAUAUGCUGCUCUCAAGGUUCUUGAGCUGGGUGGUAUCGUACUGUCGCUGAGCGACAGUAAAGGCGCCAUCAUUGCCACCACAGACAAGGGCAUCGACGCCGAACUGGUUGCCAAGAUCGCGCAAUUGAAGGUUGAUCGAAAGCAACUCGCUGAGCUGGCCAGUACUUCCGAGUUCAGUGGCAAGGCCAAGUACCUUGAUGGGAAGCGGCCGUGGUUGCACGUCGGUGCUGUCGACAUCGCCCUGCCUGGCGCCACUCAAAACGAAGUCUCUGGCGAGGAAGCCGAGGGGUUGAUCAAGGCUGGCUGCAAAUAUAUCGCCGAAGGCAGCAACAUGGGAAGCACGCAAGAGGCGAUCGAAGUCUUCGAGAACCACAGGAAGACCAACAAAGAAAAGGCUAUUUGGUAUGCUCCGGGCAAGGCUGCCAACGCCGGCGGCGUGGCAGUCUCGGGACUUGAGAUGGCUCAGAACUCGUCGCGCAUCAAGUGGACAUCCGAAGAAGUCGACUCGAAAUUGAAGGAUAUCAUGAAGAACUGCUUCGAGAGCGGUCUUCAGACGGCCUUGACCUAUGUCACACCGGCUGAGGGCGAGUUCCCCAGCCUGGUGGCUGGCAGCAACAUCGCAGGCUUCAGCAAGGUGGCGGCUGCGAUGAAAGAACAAGGUGACUGGUGGUAG